AUAUAUUUUUACCUUGUGGGAAAACCAAUCGAUGUUUUCUAAUAGUAAGUAGACCCCGCAUGCUGUUCAUCUCGAGAUCUCUUCUCCCCAUUUUGUAUUUCCAGUUAUUCAAAAAAAUGUCACCUUUUCGUUUAUUAUCACUUCCUACACUUGCUUUGAAGAAUGUACUUCUUCAUAUAGACUUUAUUGAUUUGUUGGAACUAUCACUUGCUUCGAAAAAAUGUGAAAUUUACAUGAAAACUUGCUGCUUAAAAAUUGAUUCCUUGCAUUUUCAUUUUCGACGUAUUCAACUAAACUCAAAAUCCAAAUCAUUAGAGUUUGAUUUCAAUUCUGUUGUCGAUAUUUCUGCGUGUUCACGAAAAGUCAAGGGCAGCCGAUAUGACGCAUGGACAAAAAAUUACGAUGAAAGUCGAAUAAUUUGUAUUCCAACAAACUUCGAUGAAGACAUCAUUGCCGUAUUUCAACAUUUUUGGGAUUUAUUUCAAAUCAAAAAUCUCCACUAUGAUGUGGUGGGAUUCACUGGAGUAUUCCUAAAUAACACCAUGGCAAGACUCCCGAGUAAAUUGAAAAGUUUGGAAUUUGGAGAUUAUUUAUCUGGAAAUCAGGACAAUAUCGACACUAUCUUGAAUUAUUACGACAUCAGUGAUAAUCUCAAAGUUUUUGACGAAGUUUCAAAAAUACAUGAAAAGAUGAAAAAAGUGAACAAUCUCUCAUUAAUCUGUUUACCAAGCAUUCCAAUUGAAGAAUUGAUUCAACUUGACUGUGAAACAAUAAAAUUAUAUUGGAAAGAGAAUUCAGCUAUUAACGCUGUAAGAUCAUUAAUUAGCAACUGGAAGGGUAAUAAAACUCGUCUGGAACAUCUGGAAAUAUUGGCUUCUGAAGACUGGAACUUUGAUUUGGUUCUAGAAGGAAUGAAUGCAAAACCAUGGAAUCCCAGAAGAAGACCAUCCAAUUAUCAAAAAGAAGAUUUAAACAUUGACUGUACCAGUUAUAUGGACAUAGAGGGAGAUUGCCAAAUUGCAUCUAUUGGAAUAAGAGAAAACAGAUAUUUGGACUUCAUUGUAUGGUUUUAAUGAAUUUACUCAUUUUUCUAAUUCCUCAAUUAUAACUGUUCUUGAAAUAUCUAUCUCAAAAUAAUUUUCGAACUUUUGAUGUUCCUUCACAUUUCUCAUUUAGUUAGUAAUGUUAAAAAACUCAAAAAUUGGUUUCAGUAUCAAAUAAAACAUUUUAUUCUC